UUAAAUCGGUGGACCCUCGAGUCAGUCUCUGUGGUGGCUCUGGACAAGCAGUUGGGACUGCUCAAAGAGUCGGGCGAUAACGACCAGGCUGUGUUACUUUUCAAGUACCUGGACGAUUUUUUUGAAUUAACAGCCGAUCUGGAGAUGAAGCCCUCCAUCUGGCGUUACGUUAAAACUCCCAAGCUAAUGAAGCUAAUGAAGUCCCUAGAUGGCGUUCAAGAAAUAACUAUGGCGUAUGUAGACGAAGCUAUAGAGCGUCUAGAGAAAGAGGCCAAGGAGGGUGUUGUCCGCCCUGAGAGCGAGCAGAGUGUACUGGAAAAGCUGCUCAAGAUCGACAAAAAGGUGGCGACGGUUAUGGCCAUGGACAUGCUAAUGGCCGGAGUGGAUACUAAUCCGGAGAAGCAGGCCGUACUUCGAGAAGAGGUGAUGAAGGUUCUACCCGAGAAGGACUCCGAAUUCACUGAGGCAUCGAUGAAGAACGUUCCCUAUCUACGUGCCUGCAUCAAAGAGUCACAACGGAUCUAUCCUUUGGUCAUCGGCAAUGGCCGAUUUCUCAAUCGGGACAGCGUUUUGAGCGGAUACCAAGUGCCAGCUGGUACCUGUGUGUCGAUGGUUCCCCUGAGCUUGCUAUCAAGCGAGGAGCACUUCCACAAGUCUGCUGAGUUCCUGCCAGAACGUUGGAUUCGUAACGCCACAGACUCCAACGGGCAAUGCCCGGCAAAUGACUUGAAGCUGAAGAAUCCGUUUGUGUUCUUGCCCUUCGGAUUUGGACCCCGGAUGUGCGUUGGAAAGCGCAUCGUGGACAUGGAGCUCGAGCUGGGCAUCGCUCGACUCAUUCGGAACUUUAGCAUCGAGUUCAAUCAUCCCACGGAGAACGCUUUCCGCUCCUCCCUGAUCAAUUUGCACAACACUCUUCGGGGUAUCGGACUCACAACGCCAAGCGCAGCCUCAUGA